ACUGCAAAAAUGAGCGCCAAACACGUCUAAGAGGUUCCUCCUUUCUUCUCUUUUCCGCCCUUUCCUGUCUGUCCACAACUCCUCACCCAGCUGACUUGUCCUUGUGUGAAUGGGAGCCAGAAAACCUUAAGAACUUCCAACCAAGCAGUGGUUUCUUCCUCGACGCGGACAUGGCACAAGAGAAAAUGGAACUAGACUUGGAGCUGCUGUCGAGUUCAGCCACCAAAGAUGACAUGCUGAGAAGAUCCAACAGCGCCCCUUUGAUCAGUGGGCUUGGUGAUAACUCACAGGUGUUCCAAGCUGAUAUGGUAACUCCAAGAGAUGACCCAACGCUUAUGACACAACAUUGUCUGGUCAAUACAAUGCCAUUGAAGAGUUCCAAGUCUGUGAUUGACAUGACCACAUUUUCAUCUUCAAAAGAUUAUCCUGGCUGCAAAGGGGUUUUACCACCUUCUCCCAUCCCCAUCCGUGCUUCCUUUGGUCGCCUUCAUCAAAUCAAACAGGAGGAAGGCAUGAACUUAAUGACUAGAGAAGCAAUGCAUGAAUGGGAGGUACAAACUGCACUACGGAUAAGUCGGUCUUGGGAAGAGAGUUUGAACCUGAGUGACAGUAAUUUAGAGAAACCAUCUUCAAAGAGCAUCGAUUUAAUUCCAGUAUCCCCAGCAGCUCCUCCCACCCAGGGGAUUGGGAAGCAAUGUUUUCCUCCAUCGUUACAAACUUGUGUGAAUUACACCACUUUGCCUCCAAGUCCCGUUCCUAGUCCCACGCAACGAUUUCCAAUAGGAAGUCAGAACCCCACCAACAUUAUUAGACCAAGUAUCUGUGGAUCAUUAAAAAGAAAAGGUGAAAUGCUAUUUGAAGAUCAGCCAAAGAAACUUUUCCAAGGCACUACCAGCAUGAUUUCUUCCGAUACUACUCAACAGUCUGAUAUGAAUGAAUAG